UGCAUGUAGUGAGGGACAUAAAAAAAUAGUUAGGAUGUUGUUAGACAUUGGAGCAUAUUUCAAUAAAUGUGGAAAUGAUGGUUGGUCACCUGUAAUACUUGCUUGUAGUGAGGGACAUACAGAAAUCGUAAGGAUGUUGUUAGACAUAGGAGCAGAUUAUGAUAAAUGUAACAAUGAGGGUUGGUCACCUAUAAUGUGUGCUUGUAGAAAGAAACACAAAGAAAUAGUAGAUAUGUUAUUAGACAUAGGAGCAGAUUAUGGUAAAUGUGAAAAUAAUGGUUGGUCACCCGUAAUGUUUGCUUGCAGUAACGAUCAUACAGAAAUAUUAAGGAUGUUGUUAGACAUAGGAUCAGAUUAUAAUAAAUGCAAACAUGAUGGUUGGUCACCCGUUAUGCUUGCUUGUAGUGAAGGACAUACAAAAAUAGUAAGGAUGUUGUUAGACAUAGGAGCAGAUUAUAACAAAAGUGAAAAUGAUGGCUGGUCACCAGUUAGGUUUGCUUGUAGUGAGGGACAUACAGAAAUAGUAAGAAUGUUGUUAGACAUAGGAGCAGACUUUAAUAAAUGUGAAAAUGAUGGUUGGUCACCUGUUAUGUGUGCUUGUAGAAAGGAAUAUACAGAAAUAGUACGGAUGUUGUUAGACAAAGCAGCAGAUUAUAAUAUAUGUGAAAAUGAUGGUUGGUCACCUGUAAUGUGUGCUUGUGUUCAGGGACAUACAGAAAUAUAAGAAUGUUGUUAGACAUAGGAGCAGAUUAUGCUAAAUGUAAAAAUGAUGGUUGGUCACCUCUUAUAUGUGUGCUUGUAGUGAGGGACAUACAGAAAUAGUGAGGAUGUUAUUAGAUAUAGGAGCAAAUUAUAAUAUAUGUGAAAUAAAUGGUUGGUCACCUCUAAUGUUUGCUUGUAGAUAUGGUUUUACAGAAAUAGUAAGGAUGUUGUUAUGCAUGGGAGUAGAUUACAAUAAGUGUGACAAAUAUGGUCGGUCAUCUGUAAUAAUUGCAUCUGAAAGAUAUCAUAGUGAUAUAGUUAGUGCUAUAAAUGAACAUUCAAUGAAUCAAACAGGUACAUAACAUUAUUAAAACAGGAAAACAUGGUACGAUUUCCAGUAAGUCAACAACAAUCUACCUGAGGUCUGAAAUGUGAACAACUAUAAGUAACAGCGUGACAUUUAACUCAUUAGUAAAACCCAUGUUGUAUAUUAAGCUAUCAAAGGCCGAACAAAACAAAAUAUUAAAUAUUUAAGUUAAUUACAGUUAAUAAAUGUAUAUAUAUUAA